CUCCAGCCCAGGGUGCUCUUUUGCACAGAGUUGUAUCGAGUUGGAUGAAUCACUUUCACCUUUGGAAGCUGACUGGUUCCUUCGGUUUGAGAUACCAUGGGAAAAACUCCCUACUGACCUCCUUUACAAGUUAGAAAGGCCAUCGCCAAAGCAACGCAGAGAAAUGAUACGACUCAUUAUUAAUGAAGUCACAGGGGUCUGCAAGAGGCCUUCAAAGAAACAUCUUACAGAUAUAGCAAGAAGAAUUGUGGCAAAAUAUCCUAAAUCUUUGCAGGAUGUUAUCGAAGGCCACAUAGUUGGCAGUGGAUAUGAUUCCUUGGUAAAACAGCUGCAGAGCAGAGCAGAUAAUGUGAAGCGUACACAGUUUUCUACCACCAAAAGACAGUUUCAACACAGUAGUGGGAGCGACACGGAAGAAGUUCCUGCAAAGGAACAAGCUUUACCUCAAGACACUUACGGUUGCAUAAACUGGGAUCCCGAGCACCUGCCAAUCACAGAGACACUUACAAGUCAAAAACAGCAACAAGAAGAAAUGAAAACCAUGUUCAGAGAAAGAAACUGGGAUACACAGAUAAUCACCAAAAAAAUGAUGGCAACGUACUACACUCAGAGAAAAGACAUCAUCCGAGGUAUGGAAACUGAAAAAAUAAGGAGGGAGUGGCCAUUUCUGUUUGAAAUGCCAGGAUUACAAGCACACUUCAGGGCACUUACAGGUGUACAAUUAGAAGGGAAAUUUUUUGAGACCGUAAAAAACAAAUCGCACAGAAUUCUGGCCUACAUGGACACUCUCAACAAUGAGAAACAAAGAAAAACUGCAAGAGUUUUGUCACAGAUCGAAGUUGCAAAGAAGGACACAAAGUCUAAAUUACCGGAGAUGCUAGGGUUGGUUUUGCUGCUGCUUGCUUACUUUGGUGAAGACGACAAGCAAAUGUUUUUCCAGGUGGAUGACACUUGCUUACCUUCUGAAGUGCCAACAUCUGAUCUGCCUGCAUCACCUUGCAUUAUUUUCUGUGGAGAUUCCCUUCUGACUGCAUCCCGCUUAAUGCUGAGCAUUGAUAAAGUUGUCGUUACAGAACAACAAACUAACUUUGUGGAAGCUUUGCUUAUGAUGUUUGCAUCCUACUACUGCUUGAACAUCCAUUACCCAUCAGAGUUGGGAGCAACACUUGAAUUCCUUCAAAGAUGCAUCUUCAAAAUAAAUCCAGACAAAGGGACGAAGGUCGAACGGAAGCCACAUAAGAGGCAAUAUGCUGUGAAUCCAAGAGUUCUUUCCCUCAUUUCUGCAAUUGCUAAUUUUGAAUGGAGAGAAUAAAAUGUAAUUGUUAUGUCAAAAGUUUUCAGUCACCAGCAUGUCAACUGCAGCACAAAGCAGCUUCUCCACAUUUGACUCCUAGGCCGGGACCUGAUUAAAACUUUGACGACCCACCAAUCACACUUUACAAAACGGAAUGUUAUCGCUUUUUGGUUUUAUGAGUAGGAGAAAUUGGAUAUUUACAAAAACAACAAAAAGCGAUAACAUUCUGUUUUGUAAAGUGUGAUUGGCGGGUCGUCCCGCCCUAGCCUGCUCAAUCAAAAAACAGCAGUUUGAACACUAUUUAAAAACAAAAACAUCUGUUGUGCUACUGACUCCAUUAUUACGGCUGUGAAAGAACCAUGGACUUGUUUGUGAGAACUGUCCGAGUCCAACAAGGCCUGGAUCAACAUUAUUGCGGAAAACACUUGGUAUCUGUUAAUAGUUGAUUUGUCUGUAGAAAUAUGCUAAGAGAAAGUGAGGGCACAGUUCGGUAGCCAGUUUUAGUAUAUUUAGUAUGGUUUUACUGUGUACUAGGCUUACCAUUGUUGGUAUCCUAGCAGCUGGUAUGUUAACAUUUAAAAUAAUAACUCAGCUUGAGGAGUGAUUGAGCAUUUUUUGUUAAUUCCUGCAUUUUCGAAAAGGUUGUAUAGGGGCUCCAUGACACAGAAGCUAUCAUGCCUAAUGAAUAUGUAUAUUUUGUAUUUGCUCAGUAAAAUGCUCAAUAAAAAGUUGUAAUAAAAUUCUGAAAGCUUAA